AUGGACCAGUGGCAGCAGCCUUAUUCGGACUCGGCGUCGUCGUCCAGGAGGUACAACGGCAACCCCCCGCCAAACCAGGCGCGAGAGUACAAUAGCAGCACAAACGGCGUCACUCUUGCCCAGCCUCCUGCCGGGUUCACAUAUGAUCAAUAUCAAGGUGGAAUGGGCGCCCAUCCUCAGUCCAUGACUGCCUCUCCUACUGCCACUCCGCACAUGAGAGAUGGGAAUGGCGACGUAGCCAUGCAAGAUGCGAAAUACCCCAUGCGACCCCAUCACCAGCAGCAUCUCUCUGGCGGUCGAUCGGCAACGCUUCAUUCUCCCCAAGAACCUUCUGCGGCGGCACAACGCUACUCGCCCAUGGAGGCAUUAUCUCCCAGCUCGCCGUACAGCGCCCAGCAAGGUCAAUAUGGUGCUCAGGGGCCUCGACAGUCUCCGACCCGGCUGGGAACCUUCGCGUCGCCCAAUUCUUACUAUCAAAGCCGACAGCAGACUCAGCAACUUCCUCCAAUCACUCCGUAUGCAUCAAACAAUGAGUCAUAUCCUUCUUCUGCGACUGCGCAACUGAAUGCGGUUUUUGGGAACGACCCCAAAUCUCCACGCCGACCGGUCCCGCAACCACAGGGCCCUCCUGGAAGAGGGCCUGUUCCUGAGUUCGCAAAAAUCCGGAGCAUGACUGAUUUGCAACCCAAAAUCAGUGCUCAGCCAGCGUUCCGGAGAGCAAACCCCGAAGGUGGUUUCAUUAGCCCAUUGCAAGCCCUAACAAGCCACCUACCGUCCACAUAUCGCAUCUGCAAUCCCAGCUUCAAAUACGAAUCCUCCCGAAAUCCCCGCCGCGUCUUAACGAAGCCAAGCAAGGGGGUCAAGAAUGAUGGCUAUGACAAUGAGGACAGUGACUAUAUACUAUACGUGAAUGACAUCCUGGGGUCGGAGGAGACUGGCCAUAAAAAUCGAUAUCUUAUCCUUGACGUGCUCGGUCAAGGUACCUUUGGCCAAGUUGUGAAAUGCCAAAACUUGAAGACGCAGGAGGUUGUUGCGGUUAAAGUGGUUAAGAAUAGGACCGCCUAUUUCAAUCAAAGCAUGAUGGAGGUUUCCGUGCUUGACCUGCUCAACACGAAGCUUGAUAAGAACGACGACCAUCAUAUUCUGCGGCUUAAGGAUACUUUCAUCCAUCGCCAGCAUCUGUGCUUGGUGUUCGAGUUGUUGAGCGUCAAUCUAUACGAGCUAAUCAAGCAGAACCAAUUCCGUGGAUUGAGUACGACUCUUGUGCGCGUGUUCGCGCAACAGCUUCUGAACGGGCUUAGCCUGUUGAAUAAAGCUCGCCUGAUACAUUGCGAUUUGAAGCCCGAAAACAUCCUGCUAAAAAAUCUCGAAAGUCCGAUUAUCAAGAUUAUCGAUUUCGGAUCUGCCUGUGACGAACGCCAGACCGUCUACACAUAUAUCCAGUCCAGGUUUUACAGAUCCCCAGAAGUUCUACUCGGCCUACCAUACUCAUCCGCCAUUGAUAUGUGGUCACUUGGAUGUAUCGUUGUUGAGCUUUUCCUUGGUCUUCCUCUUUUUCCAGGUUCAUCCGAGUACAACCAAGUAUCUCGGAUAGUGGAAAUGCUCGGGAACCCACCCAACUGGAUGCUAGAGAUGGGGAAGCAGGCAGGUGAAUUUUUCGAAAAGAGACAUGAUGUUGAUGACUUUGGGAGACGGACAUAUCACCUGAAGAGUAUGGAACAAUACUCACGUGAGCAUGGAACGAAGGAGCAGCCCAGCAAGAAGUACUUCCAAGCCACGACGUUACCGGAGAUCAUCCGAUCAUACGCAAUGCCAAGGAAGAACAUGAAGCAAAGUGAAAUCGAUCGAGAAAUGAACAACCGGGUUGCAUUCAUCGACUUCGUCAGAGGGCUACUUAAUAUCAAUCCCUUGGAAAGAUGGUCUCCUCAACAGGCUAAACUGCAUCCAUUCAUCACGCAACAGAAGUACACAGGUCCUUUUGUGCCUCCUAGUAUGAACUUGAAAACCAGUUCCGUGAACAGAUCCCCGGCACCCGGUACUCAGCAGCAGCAACAAGCUGAAGCGCUAAGCAAACAGCGGGCAGCUGCAGCUGCACAAGCUGCCUCAGCUCAGGCUCAUUCGGCAGCACAAGCACAAUAUGCGGCAGGCGUCCAGCAUGCCCAAUACACGCAGACAGCUCCGCCUCAGGCACCUCCCAUAUACAACAACAUGUAUCCUCCAAAUACCAACCACACCAACCAUCAAGGCCCGCCCCCUCCGUAUCCUGCCCAGCAACCUGCCGCAUACAACCAAAUGGGCAUGAUGCCGCAUCCUCCAAUGCAGGUUCCAUCAUCACAGUAUGGCCCUGGCACCCAGCAACAACAGAGUCUAUACCAACAGGCCAAUAUAAGGGCCGGACGUCAGCGAGCGACCACUAUGGAAAUGCAGCAGGGCGGUAUACCGGUUACCAUACAGCGAGUUGCCAGCCAUCUCGAUCCUAGCCAACCUAUCCGCCUCCAACCCAGUCCUGCAUACUACCCACCGCCGCCUGAUGGAGCUCCUGAUGGCAACCCUGGAAGUGCACGAAGGAGGGGCAGCAGGGCUGCGCAAGGUGGCCAAGGUGCGAGAAAUAAUAGGGAUUUCAUUCGCAACCUUGAAGACCGCACUCUCGAAGAAGGGUUCAUGGGACAGAGUCAGUGGCAUUGA